AUGCCUUCGGACUGUUCCACCACGUGCUGCUCGUCUGAGUCCUGUGCCAGGGUUUCUGAUGGUGCAACUGCUUUAACCUGUCCCGUGGAAACCACUUGUCUCCCCAGCAGUGCCUGUGCUACAUCCAGAUGCCAGACCCCUCGCUUCCUAUCCAGGUCUCACUUGCCGACAGCUUGCCUCGCUCCAUGCUACCUCUCUGGGAGCUGUAAUAUUCCGUGCUCGGUGGGGCACUGCGCUUGGUGUGAGGAUGGGGUGUUCAACAGCAGUGAGAAGGAGACGAUGCAGUUCCUGAAUGACAGACUCGCCAGCUACCUGGAGAAGGUGCGUGGCCUGGAGGAGAUGAAUGCAGCACUGGAAUGCCAGAUCCGGGCACAGUAUGAAGGGGACAUCCCACUGGUGUGCCCCGAUUACCAGUGUUACUUCGACACCAUUGAAGAGCUCCAGCAAAAGAUCUUGUGCACGAAGGCAGAGAAUUCUAGACUCGCUAUACAGCUUGACAACUGCAAACUGGCUGCCGAUGACUUUAGAGCAAAGUACGAGUCUGAACUGUCCCUUCACCAGCUGGUAGAGACUGACAUCAGUGGCCUGCGCAGGAUCCUGGACGAGCUGACGCUGUGCAAGUCGGACCUGGAGGCCCAUGUGGAGUUUCUGAAGGAGGAGCUGCUCUGCCUUAAGAAAAACCAUGAGGAGGAGGUCAACGUGCUUCGUGGACAGCUUGGUGACCGACUCAGUGUGGAGCUAGACAGUGGCCCCACCAUCGACCUCCACAGGGUCCUGGAUGAGAUGCGCUGUCAGUACGAAACGGUGCUCGCUAACAACCGCAGAGAAGCGGAAGAGUGGUUCGCUGUUCAGAUGGAGGAGCUGAAUCAACAGCAGCUUUCCAGCGCAGAGCAGCUGCAGGGCUGCCAGACAGAGAUCUUGGAACUGAAACGCACAGCCAACACUCUGGAAAUUGAGCUCCAAGCACAGCAAAGCCUGACAGAAUCUCUGGAGUGCACCCUGGCAGAAACCGAGGCCCAGUACAGCUCCCAGCUGGCCCAGAUGCAGUGCCUGAUCGACAACGUGGAAACCCAGCUGGCCGAGAUCCGCUGUGACCUGGAGCGGCAGAACCAGGAGUACCAGGUGCUGCUGGACACAAAGGCCCAGCUGGAGGGCGAGAUCGCCACGUACCGGGGCCUGCUGGAGACCGAGGACAGCAGGCUUCCCUGUAACCCAUGUUCUACAACGAGCGUGUCAAGCAGCGCUUGCGAGCCGUGCUCAGCGUAUGUAGUUUGUACAGUUGAAGACUGCUGUGCAUGA